UCACUGGUAGAAACACAGUUUGCUAAACCAUUUUAACGCGUUCCAAGCAUUCGUACGUAAAUAAUUUCAACAAAUAAAAACGGGAAAAUCAAAGGAUCCCGCGCACGAAACAACCCCGCGAGGCGACUGUUCUUUUAUUAUUGUUUAAACAAAAGAAAAUCGCCGUCGUUACGUCACGCUGGCUGACAACAAGGCCAUUUUGAUUUCGUGCACCCUUUUUACCCGACGUUCGGUUUCUGUUUUAAAAUAAGCGGAACCGUCUCCGGGCAAAAAAAAAAAAAAACGUGAGAAUUUUUGUGACCGGAACCGAAGAAAAAAGUGUCAAAAUUCCGGUGCCGACGAGAAACAGGGAUACCGUCCACGGUACCGGCGACAUGAGCAAAAGGAAAAACAGGGGAGGAUCUGUUAAGGCCCAAAGGCAGAGGUCUCUUGUAGGAGAUCUCUUAACAGAAGGGGUUUAUGGCAAUCCGGCCUUUAUGCAUGCGGCCACUUUACAAGUAGGCAAUAUUGCAAGGAUUAUCACUGCUUCUGGACAAGUAUGGGAAGGUGUGUUUAAAACCUACUCGCAAGGCUUCGAUGUGGUCCUAGAAGUGGCGGCACGUAUCGAAAACCCGGACGGGCCGGACUCACGACUGCUCACCGAAACCCACACCGAUCGACUCAUUUUUAAGGCCUGCGACAUACUGAGUAUGACUUUUAAGAAUGUGGACCUCGAUUAUCCGGUUAAAGACACGUUCCAGACUGACACGGCGAUUUCGGCACGGCAUAACGGCAAUAAAAGUAUGGAGGAGAAGGAGCUGGAACCGUGGGACGGGGGCCAAAUUAACGGGAACGAUGUCAGUUUGGACUUGGAGGCGUCGAACGGUUGGGAUGUCCAGGAUAUGUUUAGAAAGAACGAACAGGAAUAUGGGGUCACUUCUACCUUCGAUCACUCUCUGAGGGGCUACACUGUUCCAUUGCAAGCGAAUGAUUCGGCUGACUACAGAGAAGCUCAGGCUAAAGCGGAGCAGAUUGCCAAUGAAAUCGAGAAUCAACCGGCAUACAAAGCUCGAUUAGAAUUAGAAAAUGGAGACGAGGAGGCCGCAUUUGCUGCCGUCUCUAGGCCCGCGCAAGAUUCUGCUAACGGCAAAUACAUUCCUCCCGCUAAACGAAUGGGCCAAAACAAUGGAAAACUGGUACGAAACACACCCCCGCCCUCUGGCAGCUCUAGCAGUCAAAACUCACCCUCCCCCAAAGAUACACGGCCACCGGUACAAUAUCCACCGCCGAUGAACAACAAUCAACAUCCGGUACACCAGAACAGUAUUCACACAGUUCCAAACGCGCAUGCACCUCCUGUACAACCCCAACAGCCCUCGCCCCAACUGCAACAGCCUCAAUUGGUGGGACCGCCUCUGCCCCACAUGCACAACUCCCCGAUGCCGCCCCAAGUGGCGCCGCCCCCGCAAAUUCAAAACAUGCCGCCGCCACAGCAGCCGCCCCACAAUAUGCCGCCGCAUAAUCAACCCAUGCAACACGUGCCUUUACCGAACAAUCCGGCGCCGCCGCGACCCAACUCGCACACGCCGCCCCACCAGUACCAACAGGGUCCGCCCCCGCCCCAAAUUCGACCGCAGGGAGUGAUGCCGCACACGGGGGUGCCGCCCCCCGCGCACGUCAAGCCGCCCCAAAUGAACGGCGACCUUAAGUCGGGUCCGCAACAACGUCAACAGCGUCACCAACAGCAACAGCAGCAGCAGCAGUACCAGCAGCAGCAACAGAUGCAAGAGCGGGUGGUGGUGGUACAGCAGCAAGGACCGCCUCCGGGACAUCCCCAAGGGCCGCCGCCCCCACAUCAACAGCAAAUGCCGCAACAGUAUCAAGACGUUAAACCGCAAGAAGUUCCUCAGACACACCAAGCGCCGCCCCAGCAACAGCAGCAACAACAACAGCCGCCUCCACAGUCUCGACCGCCUCCGCCCCACCAUCCCCAUCAACCGCCCCAACAGCAGCAGCAGCAACAAGUUUCCCUCUCGCCCCAGAGCCAAGAGGCGCUCAAGGAGCUCCACGCGUUUUCGCACGAGUUUAAAUUGGCGCCGCCUCCACCUCAUCCGAUGGGCGGCGGGACGGAGUCGCCUCAAUUGGCGCCGCCCCAUAUGCCGCCUCCUUCGCAACAGGGCGGCCAGACACUUAGUUCCACCCUAUCGCCGAAUAGUAGUUGUAGCCUUAGUACGCUGAGUGGAAGUGUAACGGACCAAAGUCAAUCGUCCGGCUCCCAAAAGCAACCGAGCCCCGCGCAGAGUCCCCCGGGUAGCGAUAGUGAAAAAUUGCAAAGUACGAUCGCCAAAUCCAAGUUGAACCCCAACGCCAAGGAGUUCGUCUUGAAUCCCACGGCUAAACCCUUCCAACCCAGUUUUUCCAGAUCCCCGAGCACCCCAUCGGCCAGCAGACCGCACACCCCCCAAACUCCUUCCCACAGUCCGUACAUUACGACGGUGAGUGGCCCAGGGGGACCCCCGAUGCCCGUGAUGAUGCCGAUGCAUUAUAUGACCAUUAGUCCUCAGUAUCAGCCGCCACCGCCGCAAACGAAUAGAAUAAGAAAAAUACCGAUGGGCCAAAUAAGGACGGACAUGGCGUCCCAGAUGCAACACGCGGCCGCGGUGACAGGUCAGCCGCUCCUCGCGCCCGCCCCUUUACCGCAAUUCAUUUAUAAUCCGGGGGCGGCGGCUGCGGCCGCCCACUCGAUGAAUCAAGCGGCGGCCGCGGCCGCUUAUCAGCCGUCGGUGGCGGCGAUGCACGCCGCCACCCUCAGGAUGUACGACGCGGCGGCGGCGCAAGCUGCUGCCGCCGCCCAGGCACCCACGCAGAUGUCGUUCCUGCCCCCGCAACCGAGCGGCACCCCAUCCCCGGCGCAGGCCCAGUACAAUCCGGCCGCCGUUCAGCAACAACAAGGCCCCCCGCAAGGAUACCAAGUGCAGGCGAUGCCACCUCAGCAAGCCCCCUCCCAGAUCCCGAUGUUCUGUAUCCCUACGCAGCCGCACAUGUUGCCAAAUGUACCUUAUUUGCAGCAGGCGCCGCCCCCGGGCCCACCCCACCAACACGUACAGUUACUAGUUCACCAGCAACAUCCCUCCCAGGGCGGAAACCCCCACGGAGGUCCCAACCCUUAACGCUGAGCAGGGGCCGGACUGUUGAAUCAGCCGCCGUCGCUGUUGGAUCGGGUUCCCUUUUUUAAUAGAGAAAUUUAAUUUAAUUUUUACAUUUACGAUUAUGAUUAAUGUUAUUGCGCGCGGUAACGCGGGAGGAACCUCCUCUUUCGUCCUCUCCUUUACCAACGACCAUAUUCUCCCCCUUCUCCUCAUCGUAGUAGGCCCGAUGUCGUUCUUUGUUUACCAUGUACAGUCGCGGAUAGAGUUAGACAAAGAUUGAGCGUAAAUAUAGAAGACUGAUGAUCAAAGUAAUUGUUGAACGAUGUGAAAUAGUGGGCGGGCGGCGGGCCCUUUACAGAUCAGUGGAAAUAACGGUGUGAUUGUUAUUAUUGUUGCGUGUGCUACAUUAUGGUUUUUUUAUUAUAAGGAUUCUCUUAUAGGGUCUGAAGUGGUCACGUUAUGUUGUGGGAGGAGCUAGAAGGACUAUGCGCCAUGUUAGAAGGCGUGGCAUUGUUUUGUUUUUUUUUUACUAGGUGCAAUAGAUACAUAAUUCGUCAACCUAAUAUUACAAGGUUGUAUGUAACAAUUAUGAUAAUUUAGGAAAAAUCGAUUUAAAAAAAUGGUCUUACCUAAAACGCAAACGAUUAAGUACUUUUCUUUUUUUAUUAAACAAGAAAAUUAAAUGGACAGUAAAAAUAAUUUAUUUUGAUAUAAAAUUCCAAAAAAACAACAUUUUCUUCAAAAAAUAAUUUAUUGAAAAAUAACAGGAUUCCGUUAUAUUAAAAAUAAAUUUUCUUUUUUCUAAAUGUAACAUAGAAUUUUGUAACACAAAACUAGUAUUUAAUUUAACAUACACAGCAAAGCAUAUGACUUUUAUUUUCGGCUAAAAAUACUUUCAUAGUAUUGCCUGUCCAUCUCGGGAAUCCAUUUAUACAUAGACUUUAUUGCCUCCACUUUACUUGAUGCAAGGGGAAUAGCUUUAUCGCAUCUUUUUAAUUCCAGUGGAAUAACUAGUUGUUCUGUUUCAGCUGUAACAUGCCCCUUUCUCAAUUUUCUUUGAUGUAAAUUUAGAGAUUUAAAUUUUUCUGUGAGGUUAAAGGUAUCUUUAUACUUGAGUUCGAAAAACGAUCUAGAAAACUGCAAAGAAACUACUUUUGAAAAUGGCACAGCAUUGUAGUUGAGUUGGCUUGAAAAAGACUGAAAGUCUAUAAAAUCUUCUUGUUUCAUUUGGAUAAUUGUUUAUGGAUUAUGGAGAUUUACUUUUAAAAGGUAUCGUAAAAGAGAUAAAGGAGAAUAGUAUUCUACCUUAUUUAAUGACCUUUCGAUUGAACUGUGGAUUGCAUCUACUUCUCGGAUACAAGCAUGACCAGGAAUAGAAAAUAUCAUUGUGAUUUUUGAUAGGUUGUUGUGUUUUUGAAUUAGGUGACUAAGGUCAUAACUCAUGAGACUAUUUCUAUUUUGCGGAACGCAGCUGUCGCUCCACAAAAUAAUUUUUGUAAAUUCUGGAUUGUCCUGCAUAACUUUAUCAAGUAUUUUGUAAACCGCACUUGCAAUGUCAUUUCCCUUUCUUCCAUGUAAAGCUUCGCUCCACACAGCACAGUAUACUUUAUGGAGAGGUGUCCAGUCAUAUUGUAAACAUUUAGUUUACUUUUAUAAAAAAAGUUUUUAUGUCAGCUUUUGGGCAUGUUAAAACGUUUUCUAGAUCAAAGCAGAGUUCUCUUUUUUCUUGAAUUAUCAGGCUUUUUUCCUUUCCUUCUCGGCCAAGGACUAUCAACUUUAGUAGUGUUUAAAAUAUAGUUCUUUUUUUCAACAGCUGAAAGCAGAUAAUAAUUUUUUAAAAUCUCCUUUCGUUGUUCAUCGCUUAUUAUUCGAGAGCAUUUUUGUAAACAAUCUUUUUUGUUUUUAAUCUCCUUGGCGAGAACGACCUUUUUUCGCAGAAGAAAUAUAUUCAAGGCCCCGAUCAAAUUUAGUUUUUCUUAUAUUGCAUGCCCAUUCGAAUGUAAUUUUUUGUCUUUUGCGUGUUAACUUUUUGUUUAUCUCAUUUAUCAAAUUAUCUUCUUUAGAAUCCGUAGUAUCAUGUGAGGUUGCUGCGUUAUGAGAAUUAUAAUAUUCUGUUUCAGGGUCUUUUUGUUUUAAGGUGUUUAGCGUUAACGUAGUGGAACAACCGGGAACAUUUCUAAAACAAGAAUUUAAAACUGUUGGAAAUAAUUUAAAAUUUGCUAAUAUCUUGUAAAAAAAUCGUUUUAAAAAACCAAAUAAAACAAUAACAAUUUUUUACCUAUUAAAAUUUAUUUGCAGCUGAACAGAAGACGGAUGAGAAGAUUUUUCAAUCUCAAAUUUGCUGUUUACUUUAAAUUGCAUUGCAGAAUUAGAAGCCUUAUACGAGCUAGUAGAGCAGCCAGGAUUCUUUCUAAAACAAAACAUAAAUCUACAUUAUUGCGUUUUCCUUGACUAUACAGAAAAUUUAAAAUGGUUAAAGUAAUAUACAUAUAACAUAACAAUAAGUUAAGAACCAAAAAGUAAUAUGAUAACUUAUAUACCUAGUUAAAUGGCUUUCUAAGUCUGACUCUUCACAUUCCCUUUCACUGCUACUGGAUCGGGUUGGAAUGUUAAUAUAACGACCACGAAUUUUAAUUCUAAAAUCAAUAAAAAGUGAAAAAGUAAAAAAUUAAAAAUUCAAAAACGUAAGCUUACAUAGCUAAAAUAAAAAUUUCAAAAAUCUUACCUGCAUUCUUUUUUCUUUUUUGAUUUUUCAGGAAAUGUACAUUCCUUGUCUUGGUCAGAAUCAUAACCGUAGCCAUCACUAAUAUCAGUCUCAUUUAAUGCCAUAUUUUUAAAUAAACUUCUCAACAAAUACUUGCUCUGCUCCGAUAAACGUUUUAAAAUGAAUUAUAAAAGCAACAUUUGCAGGGUUCUAUGUUAGUACAUAGAACCCUGUAAUAUUUAUUAUUUUAUUAAACAUUUAUAUUCUAAGGUUCUAUGUUUAACUUACAACUAUGAUAUAUCCAUUUGUCAUAAUUUUAGGUAUACACCUUUGGUUUUUCUUAUAUUACCAGAGUUCUAUGUGAGCUUUAAAUUUAUUUCCAAAAUUAUAGUGUAGGGCUCACCACAUGGAACUUUGUGAUAUUACAAACCAAAUUUCCCUGGAAAUGUUACAUACAACCUUGUAAUAUUAGGGUGACGAAUUGUUGUUUUCAUUUUAAAUUUAUCGGCAGUCAAGAAAGUUAAUAUUUGUCAAUAAGUGGAAGUUUUUUUCGCUUUUCCCCGGUAUGUGAUUCUUAGCGGCUCCUAGUACUUUGUAGGAGGAGCCUAAUAAUUUGACAGAACGGUCACGUGAUCUAUGGUUUCGUUUUGAUUGGUGCAUUGCUUCAGUAAGAAAAAAGAAUUUAGUGAUUAAACUUUACCCUUGUAUAUCACUCUUAUUAUAUGGGAGCAGCCAAGAGGUAUCACGUGACAUGUCAACCAAAUGGAAGGCGUGGCUUUGUUUCUUCACAGUUUUGAUAUUUGCUCUCAUUUUUUCUAGAAGUUUAAUUUUAGCUUCAUUAAGCAAUCGGGUGAUUCCGUGUUUCUCGUUAUUAACUUCAACUGCCUGAAAGGAAAACACUAUUUUUUAAUAUACAGGGUGGUCCAGUUUAAACGUCAUUAAUUUUAAUUAAGUGAUACAGAAUUUAAAAAGAAAUAGACUUUCAUUAUGAAAAUUUUCAUAGAAAUGUUUAACAGUCGCACUGGGACCCUAACAGUGUAUCCGGAGAAUAUGGAAGGAGGGGGGUUAGGUACUAACCCCAGGUUUCCUUGAAACCGGAACAGGGGGGUUAGCGACUGACCCCAGAUUUUUGUGUGUGUAGGUGCUUUUUUUUAAAUAAUAAAAUCAAUGAUCUUAUUGAAAAAAAAAACAUUUUAUUUUUUUAAAGACUUUAAUAAAAAAUAAGUGCAAAAAAACUAAUUAUUAUUACAGAUUGUGCAAUGUCUAGUUGUUUUAAUUUGUUCGCUGGCCGUAUGCCUAGGGCAAAUAUACUUUUCGCAAUUAGAACAUGCCUUCAUAUAUUUUCUUGAUCAGCCGAUCUUGGACAAAUAAAACAUCUUCCUUUUUUGGGAAUCUUCUGCACAGCGGACCGAGUAGCUGGUCCAUUUGCCUAUCGACGAACUAAACCUCUUGUUGUGUGCUGGUCCUGUUGACAUUCCAAACCAAAAAUUUUCAAAGAAGCUAUAUAUUUAUUUUGGAGUCCCUUAUACUUUGAACGAUUUCUCAUGUUGAUUUGACACAACUCCUUGCCUAAGCAUUUUAGAGAUAUUUUUCUCCCAGAUUUUUGUUUUGGAUUCUGUCUUGCCCAGUUCUCGUUAGCUUUUAUGAAAAGAAUAUAGGAGUUAUAGGCAACUAUAUCGAUCAGAUUGAAAAAAACAGCCGUCGGCCAUCUUCUUGUGCCACACACACACAUGCUACAACUAUAUGCCCUUACAUAUUUAUCAAGCGUAUCGACGCCGGCUUUUGUGGAAUUAUAGUACAGAAUAAUUUUUGGCUUGUCAUUUUUCACUUGCAUAUUAUGAUGUUGUGUAGAAAGAACAGUGACGACCUUCUUCUUUUUGGGUACAUAACUUACAAGUGUUUCACGGUCCCGAAAAGCAAAGCGAAUAGUGCCGGGAGUUGCAUACUUCAACGAUUGUGGUCUUAGUUCUGGUAGAACAUCUUUUCUAUUACUCAUUAUUGUUCCCACGACUGUAAGAUUUUGUUUUAACAAAGCAUUUGCUGUUGGCACUGACGUAAAUUUUCUGUCCAUUGUGAUAUUGCGACCACUAUUCUGCAAUUUUGCUAAUUCUACAAGACGUUUUACGACUUCUGGACCACUAUUGUAUUCUUUGGGCUGAUUGAUUACUUUUCCAGCAUAUGGUUCUGCAGCAAAACAUUAGUAGUUUUAUGAGUCACAGAGCACAUUAGCUUCGAUCCCAUAUUUACCAGGUUUUGUCGGAAUAUAUAAACGGAAUUUGCAUCUGCCAUGGAAUGUUAUAAGCUCCUCGUCUAUUACAACUGACUCUGAAGUCUGGAAAUUUGCCUGUGACACGCUCCCAUAUAUCGCUUGCUGCAGCAAAGUUGUCGUAUUCUUUACGAACAUCUCGAGUAGUUUUAUCAUUAAACCUUAUACAUUUUUGGAGUAGUUGGAAACGGUAGCGUGGUAGCCCUAUAAAUUGGCAAAUUCUCUUCAUUGAAUAAGUCGAUAAGCGGAUCUUUGUUUUGCUUGUAAGCACCUGCUGUUAUCAAGAAGCCGAUGUAGCCUAAUAUUUCUUCUCUUUCAAAACUCCUAAAUUUUUGUAUGAAAGAAGAUUGUGGAGUGCUUUCUUUUACAAGGGCGAGUUUCUGGUUCGUAUAUUGCGAAAUAAAUUCGAUGGUGUCGUCAUCGAAAAAAAGUCGAAUCGCUUCAAGUGGCGUUUUACUCCAUUUUUGAGACCUGGCGCUUCUUUCAUAACAUUAGCAGCAAUUUGCCUUCGUCGGGCAAUAGGAUCAGAUUUCCAUGUAAGACCUGAUGCAGAAAUCAUGUCAGAAUUAAUUUGAUUUAUUACAGAUUUAGGCCGUGGACGACGUCUUGCUGUAGAAUCUGGAAAAAAACAAUCAAAACUACUAAUAAACCAUUUUGAAGAUAGAAGUACCAUUAUUUUUUUCCGUACCACUACUUUCCUCAUCUGAUUCCUCAUCCAUAAUUUCUUCAGAAGAUUCAUGCUGCUCUGAUUGAAUAUUUAAAGCUAAUAUAUGUUACUUACUAGAUAAUCAGUUAUUUUCCGUUUCUUGACAAAAGCGAUUGUGCUGUUCACCUUGAUCGUCAUCGGAUUCUUCAUCUGAACUUUGCAAAUCUGGAUCUAUGUAAUCCCUCACAUCAUCUUCAUCCUCAGCAUAAAGAGCUUCUUCCAAUUCGCGAUCGGUCAAAUAUCUUCAUAUCAAAAUGAAACAGUUAGAAACUAUAAAAAAACUGUAUCAGCACUGAACUACACAACAACUGUAACGAUACUACUGGUAAAAAGUCGCCAAACGCGGACACAUCAGUAUUUUUACAAAGGCGUAGGCAUUUGGAAAAAUACCGAUAGGAUAUUUUCCAAAUGCCUGGAUUGAAAUUAAAAACAGCUAAGGAAUGCUACAAAAAAAUAGGGGGAGUCAGGCACUGACCCUUUUUUUUACAAAUCCAAGCCUAAUUUUCUUUUUUUUUUCAAAAUUUUUGUAGCUGGCGUUUCUGUACAAUUAAACUAAGAUAUUUUAAAAAACAGUGCCUUAAAUCGAAAUUUUGCAAGAACAACUUUUUUUCCAAAUUAAAUGGAAAAUCUAACAGUUGACUUCUUAUAAAAAAAUUAUUUUAUCGCCUCGCAGAUUUUAGGCAAAAAAGGACCCAUUACCCAUUCCCUCCGUAUGUUAAGCCACUGGCAUUUUUUUUUUAAUUGGCUUCAUCAGUAAUUGACAAUUCACUACAAUAACCUGCAUGUUAAAUUUAAUUAAAAUUGAGCUGGUAGUUUAAAACAAAUAAUUGAGGAGUUUGCUGCAAGAUGGAUGCAGCUUCAUUUUUGGAUAUUAUUGGGAAAUUAAAAAAAAAACAUUUAUUUUUUUAAUCUUUUGUUUAUAACAAACAAACAAAAUUUUAAUAAAAUAAAGAGAUGUUUGGGCGAUAUUUAAGGCCAUUUUUAAUAUUAUAUUAUUUUAAUAAAUACAUAAAAAACAUUAUAGAAAAAUGGAGCUGCAUCUUUCUUGCAACAAAUGCGUAAAAAAUACAGAUUUUGUCAGGAAAAAAAACACGAAUAAUUAACAAAAAUACUUUUUAUUGUCUAAAAAACCAAAAUAAUGUAUUUUAAUAUGUCAUUCCAUGGAGAUAAUACAAAUUAAAAAGCUUAUUAUUGUCAAAGAACGGAGAUUUUUAUGAAUAAAUCCCGGAAUAAAUAUAAAAAAAUGAGAACCUUAUUCAUGUUCUUAAAAAGGACAAACAAACCAAACUAGUGUGAUAUAUUAUAAGUACAACAUUAUACUAAAAAUAGUAAAUGACAUUAACGCAAAGGAAAAUAAGCAGUAAAACCUACUUAGUUCGUACGCUGCUCAUGUAUGUUACUGAUCUGCCUGGUCGUCAUCCUCUGUUCCAGAUACGUUAUCAAGUUCUUGGGUCGCUGCCAGUGUUUCACUUGUGAGCUGGUUGUAAAAUACCAUUUGGUCUAAUGAAACAAAUCGUGUAGCCAACUGCAAUACAUCCGUAUACUUCGCUUUUUUUAAAGGUAUUGGUUGAUCAUAGACUGGUAUACCUAGGUCCAGUUUAAUAUCGUUUUGAAUAUCCCUCAAUAUUUGAAAUUUAAUAAAUAUUGGGAGACCAGUAGAAACACUUACUCUUAUACAGUGUGUCCCACUUAAGGAUUAGCCACCCCUCUAAAAUUUUUGUUUCUAGACCAAUUUUCAAAAACUUUUUUUUGUUGUAUAGAUGGUCAAAAAUGGCACUUAUGAGCCAAGUUCGACAUUUAGAGAAAGCAGGUCAUGGCCUACUGUAUUCAAGUUUGAAAUGCGAAAAAUCGAGAAGUAGUAUUAGCGAUAUUUAUUUUUGAAAAAUGGUACUGGAUUAUUGUUCAGGACCACUUAGAACAUAAGUGUACCAAAUUUGGUUAUGAUAGUAUACAGGGUGUUGAAAUAAAUUGGAGUCAAAUUUUUAAAAGGCGCAAUAACAUUCUUAAUCAAAUACGAAUAUUUUUUAAAUUUUUGGCUAAUUGGCAUGCGUCUUGAGAACACAAAGGUUGGAAAUAUCCUUCAAUAAACAAUCGAUCAUAUUACCAUACUAUUUUGGGCUUCACAAUAAUACAACUUCAUUUAUAAAUUUUUUAGUUUUAUUUCAUUGUUAGGUUGCAAUUCACACUUCACUAGUUACUUAAUAAUGUAAUGUAGGCUAAGCAGCAAAAACUGAAAAUAAUUACCUCAAGGAAUUACCUAACACCAAAGAUAAUAAUACUACUAGUAUCUUAUCUUUGCUAACACUCAAAUUUAAAAAUUAAUGCCACAAAACUAAAUAUUAGUUUCUUCAAUAUGUCCUCCAUUAAUUCUUAUACAUUUUCCUAUGCGUCUUCUGUCGUUUACUACCACCUCUUUUAAAUGUACCCUGCUUAUUUUAUUACACUCUUGUCUAAUGCGCUCACAAAGAUCAUGUAGAGUUUGCGGUCUUGAUUUGUACACUUUGUUUUUAAGGGUUCCCCAAAGAAAAAAAUCUAAGGGAAAAAGGUCGGGGGAACGUGCUGGCCACUGAAUUAAUGGACUGUUUCGUAUUAUCCAUCGAUUCGGAUAAUUCUGAUUUAGCCAAUUCCGCACUACCACUGCAUUGUGGAUAGGCGCACCGUCAAAUUGUAUGUGUAAGUUUUUUGUUUCGGCUAACGGCAAAUCAUCGAUUACGUCACUAAAAUCACCUUCCAGGAAUCGAAGAACAUUAAGUCCAUUUAGAUUUUCAUUAAAGAAAAACGGCCCGAUUAUACGUUCGUUCAAGAUACACCCCAUACGUUAAUUUUCUGUGAAUACUGCCUUUUACAUUGUAUCACCCAAUGGGGAUUUACGUUACUCCACAUUCUAAUAUUUUGAGAUAACACAAUGCCGUUUGUAGUAAAUGUUGCCUCAUCGGUGUAUAAAAUAUUUUUCAACAAUGUAGGGUUAGUCAAAUACUCGCCUUGUAACCACAAACGAUAUUUCAUCCUGCGUUCUUCAUCCCCGUGUUCCAAAGUGUGAAGGAAUAUAGGCUUGAAAGGCUUCUUGUUAUUUUUCUUUAAAAACCUCCAUAUGCAAUUUUUGGAAAUAUUUAAGUUGGCACUAGCAACUCUAAUGCUAGAUUGCGGAUUAGCAUUAAAGUAUUCAAGAAUUAUUUGGUUAUUAUUAUUUGCUCGAUUACGAUGUAAAUGAGGACGUACUCCGGCUACUGAACCAGACUGAACAAACCCGUAGUUUAUUCUGGCUAUUGUUAAAUGGUGGAUGUUUUUACCAGGAUGUCUCCUGUUAAAUUUCGCCGCAGCUUCACGAAAUGUUCUAACUCCAUCGCCAACUAGCCGCACUACUUCAACUCUUUCGUUUAAAUUAUAAUCACCCAUAAUUGUUCGCAGUCAAAAUGAACUAAAUGCAUGAAAACUUCGACAAACUGUCAGGAACAUUUUCUUUCAUAGCAUACUUGGGUAAAAUUCCCAAAAAAUAAUUUUUAACCAGACACAAUCAUACCUUUGGAAUUUAACAAACAAACUCAUAAAAAAACAAACAAAUUGAGCCCAAGAUAGUAUGAUAAUAUGAUCGAUUGUUGUUGAAGUAUAUUUCCAACCUUUGUGUUCUCAAGACACAUGCCAAUUAGCCAAAAAUUUAAAAAAUAUUCGUAUUUGAUUAAGAAUGUUAUUGCGUCUUUUAAAAAUUUGACUCCAAUUUAUUUCAACACCCUAUAUACUAUCAUAACCAAAUUUGGUACACUUAUGUUUUAAGUGGUCCUGAACAAUAAUCCAGUACCAUUUUUCAAAAAUAAAUAUCGCUAAUACUACUUCUCGAUUUUUCGCACUUCAAACUUGAAUACAGUAGGCCAUGACCUGCUUUCUCUAAAUGUCGAACUUGGCCCAUAAGUGCCAUUUUUGACCAUCUAUACAACAAAAAAAAGUUUUUGAAAAUUGGUCUAGAAACAAAAAUUUUAGAGGGGUGGCUAACCCUUAAGUGGGACACACUGUAUAGUUUAAAUGUUCCUUACUAUACUCAAAUAUUCGGUAUUUCGAAAUUUGGAAUCUUUGCCGGUUAGCACUUAAGAUUACUUUUUUGAAGUGGCCGUUAAAAUGAGUGCUAAAGUUGAGAAUCGUGUUUUGUCUCACUAAAACGGAAAUAAACUGCUUCGAUCCUUGCUGGAUAUAAUCAACGUACUGUUGGGGAUUAAAAACGUAGUCCUUCUUUCUUAAAAAUUUUUCAAUGACACCAAAGCACCGGUCACACGGUAGGAAGCUAUGACCCGGCUCAGGAAAGCGAUGAACAACUUUUUGAAUAGACGAUGUGCGUACAAGUAAAUACAAAAACUGCACCAUUAUUGACUUUUUGUUUUGCGCUGCCGCAUUAUCCGAAAAUAGGUACAAAACCUUGACGUUUUGAGGAAUUAUAUAGGUAAUGUAAUGAUAUAAAAGUGACACUACUUCAUUAGGCGAUUUUCGAGCCGUAGUUUCAUCUAUAUAGAUAAAAGUGCGCUUUGUUAGUCUUACCAGAAUGGAUGCAAAAGUUAUAUGUCCACAACUGGCGUUUGUAGAAAGCCUCACCAACAGGAACUUUUGGGAGAGGAAGAUUUUGCUGGUGGUCAAAAGUCAAAACUUCCACUUCAUCGCUAUUUUUACACAAGCCAGUCUUUUCUUUUAAAUUCUUAAAAAAACAUAUCUGCCUUAAUUUUGUGACUCUCCUUAUCCAUUUUCAACUCCUUUCUUUCAUUUUCGUCAAGGGUUACAUCUUUAAGUUUGCUAUGCAACAUAUCAUUUCUUACGUGUCCGAGCGAGGCGCACCAAAACUAUAGUUAAAGUUUUCUUUAAAAAAUCGAUAAUAAAAGUCAUACGUGACUUGAGGUUUGUAUUCAGAGUUGCUCGCACUUUCCGGCUCAUAAAGUUCAUGCAUUUUUUUGACACUUAAGUCCGGAGACAAAUAAAAUCGUCGAGACUUAUUCCUACUAUAGUGGGACUCUUCGUGGAAAGCUUUUAAUAUGUGUGGUUAAAUUUUGCAAGAUAUCCUCUGAUUUUCGAUUAGGUCUAGUUUUAUGCUUUCCCUUGUCACAAAGCAAUGAUGCAAUAUUCCUGGCACGAAAAGUUUGCGCAAUAUGGUCUACUCGUUUCCUUGAUAUACCGUGAAUCGAGCCAAAAGCAUGUCUACAAACUCGUUUGUUUGGAUUGUUGUCCCAACUUUAUAAAAUACUUAUGAGAACAAGUACGAUCUUGUCUUUGAUUGUUCUUUUUACGAACUCUUUGAAUAGAUGUCGUUUGAAUCAGACCACCUAAAUAAGUAUUUUACAAAUUUCUGUCACCGAUUUUGUUAAAUUUUCUAAAAUGGUCUUCCUUGUUUCUUCAUCUAAACUCCUGGACAAAAUUAUCGCACCACUAAUUCAUAUCACCACUAAUCACAUAUCAGUUAAAACAGUUAUAAUAUCUUUUCUCGUAUAAAAAGCAGAACUGGACAAAAACUAUGUUUAUGCUUUAUCAUGGAACAUGCUGCUCGUGAGGAGUGAGAAUACAUCCGCAGGAAAGUUUUCAUAAUUUGAUACGAGGAAUGCUGCGAAGACUUCAAGCGGUCAUUGCAGCUAGAGGUGGCAAUACACGUUAUUAAGAAUUCAUUAUGGGUCUAUUGUUUUAUUUUUGUAUCAAAAUUGAAGUUAGUGAAAAUCGAUGCUAAUUAGUUACUUAAAUCUCGUUUUGUUAAAUAGAAUAUAAUUGUUUUUGUUAAUUAAUAAUGCAUAGUUAACAAUGCUUAUAAGUUUGCUUAUUUUUUUAUCUUUAUUAAAAAAAAAUCUCUAAAAAUCAAGUGGUGCGAUAAUUUUGUCCAGGAAUUCAUAUUCUGAAAACACCUAUACCUACAGUUGCAGUUAGUACCAGUUGAUCUCGGCCCUUUCUCUACGCCUUUCCAAUCAGUAUAUAUUUUUCCUUCUGAAAUCGCCUUUUUUUUAACGUUUCUUUUCCACGCAGCAGGGUUGGCACUUUUUCUGUUCAUCACAGGUAUUGUGGGCUCCUCUUCGGAUACAUCAUGAGAACCACCUUGAAGUUCCGUAGUCUUAACGGUUUGUUUGUUCAAAGAAGUACGUUUUUUCUUUGGAUAUUUCUUGGCAAGUGAAGUCAGUGGGGCGAUUCUGUAAGAAAAAUAGGGAAGGCGUUAAAUUUGUUAUAUCAAGUUUAUAUUUUUUUACUUUUUAAAAUACACAAAACUGCAGCCGAAUUUAAUAGCAAAAUUUACAGUAUUUACACAUAAGAAAGUACCAGGAUUAGAAAAAUCGUUCGUAAUAACUAUUUACCUUACAGAAUUCCCCCCCAGGACCUCAUCAAGGGCUUCAUCAGAACUUGAUGGCACAAUAGGCCGUUUUUGUAAAACAACCAGUUUUUUUCUUCCACUUCGUUUUCUGGAUGAAGGCCCAGCCACUUCAGGAUCAGAAGUUUCGUCUAAACUUGUAGGCUCAUAUGCUGAGCCACUAGGAGCAAAUGGAUCUGACUCAGAUUCACUCAUUUUUAAAAAGCACGAAUGAGCCACGAAACUGCAGGUCAAAACGAGUCAACAGAGCUAGAAGCAGAUUAAACUACGCAGAGCCCAAAACACGUGUUUUUUUAUCGCGCGAAAGCGUACCGUACUCACAAAAUGCAAAUGAUACACUGGAUGAGAUUUUUCACAUUGCGAGUCGCGACGCAGCGAAGCCGACGACUCGCGUCUAUAUCCCAACACUAUUGCGGAGAAUGCGCUUGUCAGGCAAAAUAUAAUAUCGCAUUUAAAUUUGGAAGAUGGGAAAACCAUGUAUCGUUCUAAGAGCAUUUUGUAUUUUUUUUGAGUAGGACAUAUUUUUUCUGCUCGUAAAAAUAGUACAAAAAAUAGUACAAAAUUUUAUUUGUAACUCUUUUUUAUUUUGUUUUAAAUUAUUGUAUUUAGGAAAUACACAAAAAUAAUGUUAUUCUUUUCGUUUAAUAUAAAAAAAUAUCGUGUAAUAUCACUUCACUAUCAAUUAAUUAUCACAAACAAAGUUUACUAAAGUAACUCAACUUUUCUCUUUCUUUUCCUUUUUAGGGAUUUCAAAGAUGUAGUUACUGGUAAUGGCUGUCUACGAUUUUGUAAUUCAGAUUUCUUGUUAUGAGGGUAGUACUCACUAGAAACUAGAGGGCUUAUUGUAGUUGUUUUCAUUGCACUAAUAGCAGAAAUUAUAGUUUUGAUGUUUUUCUUUGCAUAAGUAAUUUCUUCUAAAUUAUUGCUAUUUGAUAUCAAGCUUGUCAGAAUGCUUAGUUCUUCCAGAGUUGACUUUUUUUCUAACUGAACGGUAUCUCUAGUGUUUUGAUUAAGUUGGCAGGAUAUAAGCUGAUGUUCAUCAUCAAUAUUAUUUUCAUCAAUAUAUAAUAAAGAAUCUUCAUCAUUCAUGGAGAAAAUAUUUGCUCGUGGAGUAGGAGGGUACCUUGUACAAACCAUAUGUAUAUGUUUACACAUGUUAUACUGUAUAGCAUAAUCGUGGCAAGUACAUGAAUAUGUAUGAAGGCAGCAUUUACAUUCAUUGCAAUUAAAAUUGCAUUGGCAUACUUCAUGAGUAUCUUUAAUGCAUUCAACAGUAUAGUAUUCUAAACCUGGAGUACUAUUCGUGUUCUUAGAUGAAGCAACAAGCCAUUUCUGUUUAGGAAUAUCUUCAAAAAUUUGAACAGUGUGCGUAAAUUGCUCGGCAAUUUUAUGACGUUUUCUUAACUCACUAAGUUUAUAGGGAACCCUGUUUCUUGAUAUUGUCACCAAUCUUCUUAAAAAUUUCAUACGAAGGCAUUCUAAAAUGUUAUUAAUGCUGACAUCCAGUCUUCUCUGACAUUUUCCUGCCAUUUGAGGAUUAUGUUUCAACUCCUGGUGCCAUUUUUCCAGACACAUGUUAGUGUUCUUUUUAAAUCCUUUCCGGAAACAAUGGGCCCAUUGUUCAGGUCUUUUUGCAUAGUAAGUGGCAAAGUACAGUCCAUAUUUUUUUGUAUCCUCAUCACUAGUUAUACUUUUUAUCAGAUUAGUCAUCAUUUUCUGGAAAGUUAACUCAUCAAGUUCAUUAAUUAAUAAUUUUAUAUUUUUCUUAACUUCUUUGCGUUUUUCAACCGAAUUUAUUUUAGAGAGAUUAUCAUUAAGAUUUCUUUUUACAUGCCAGUCACAUAAAACUUUGUUAGGUGAAUGUUCAUAAACUUUCACAAAGGCAUUAUAAAAUAUAUUACAAUCGUCCGACAUAAAAAUUCUGGGCUUAAGUUCUGGAAAUUUUUCUUUUAGACAAGAAAAAAAAAUCUUAUUACUUCUGUCUGGGUAAUUGACCAUAAAAAAGCUACUAGAAACCCUUCGUAGUCUUCAUCGACUACCAUAAGUGUUGUAAGCUGUAUUUUGUACGGGAUUGGUCCCAUGAGUUGAAUCAAUCAUUAAAAUGUUAUGCCCAUAUUUUGCAAGCAUUUCUGUUUGAGCUGCAUUCAUAAAAAUUAAAAGAAAAUUAUUUUUUCCUAUGGUACUAUGUUCUACACCAUAAGGUUUAUACAAUAAUAUAAAAUUAUCCAAGUUAGACAUCUUUUUCAAUUUUUCAAUUAAAAUAGUUACACUUUUAGUGUCGUCUUCAUCAAAAAUCAUGUCUGAAUUUAUUUUAAAGGAUUUACUUACAUUAUGUAAGUCAUGUUUUGUUGUAUAGCUAAUUCUGGCUGAAGGGUUAAAAUUUUUACUCAAAUCAUUCAAAAUUUUGUAAUGGGGAAUUCCUUGAAACAUUUUUCCUGCUAAUUGUUCACGUUCAAACUGUGUCAUUCGCAGCCUUCCUACUUCCAGCUUAUGUCCUAUGUGGGUGGAUAUAUACUUGACCAUAAUGUUCCCUUAAAAAAUAAUGACAAAAUUAGGAAACAUGCCAAUUUCAGUAGAAAUGUUUCUACUAUUCCUAUAAAAGUAAUCUUAAAAAUAUAGUACCUACCUUUGUAAUUUAUAUUUGUUGUUAUCCUUGCUGGACAAAUAGACCCAAUUUUAUUUGAACCCUUAACUUUUGGUUGCCGCUCUCUUUUUGUAUUUUUGACAUUUUCUGUGUAGUUUCCAGAUCGGUGACAAAUAUAUUUUAUUAUUUUUGAUUUGUCAUUGAGACUUCUGGAAUUUAAAAGAACAUAUGAUGACUGAUUAUUUGUCUCUAUAUCAAGCUUCCACUCCUUAAACUCAUCAAAUGAAUUAAAUUCCAGGUUUUCUUGCUUCAAUGGUAAGUCAUGCACAUUGGAAAAAUGCUGAUCCAGUUCAGUCAUUAAAGAAAACAAAGUGCUGCAUAAAGGGCAUUUUAAGGUCUUUAAAGUGGAUGGUUUCACGAAAUCUUUGUGUUUCCUUUUCAUGUGAACGUUAAUAUUUGAUUUUGUACUACAUUUCGUCCCACACUCCGUGCAAACAUACACAAUUUUUCUACAAAAAAUGGGAAUUAAUAUUCUUACAAUCUCAAUAAUGAUAAUAACUUACUGGGCAUUAACCUGCUCCUCCAUUUUUUGAAAUGAAACACAAGAACACAAUUGUGAUAUAAAACAAAUAACAAGUGAUAAUCACAUAAUAACUUUGCCAGAUUUGCCUUUGCAAAAUAACAAAUAAACCACACUCCGCAUCAGUCCACACAACAACAGCUGAUGGGAUGGAAAGAAUGUGACAUUUAACAUUGAACGACCAGAGGCAUGCGCAAUGUCUCGCAUUAGUGUUGGGAUAUAGACGCGAGUAAGCCGACGGACUAUGCGCAAUCCCAACGAGCAUUUACGAUCGCUUGGUGCAAAAAAUUACACGCACCCAUAUUGCACCAAACGAAUAAGGAUGCAAAUACAAAAAUUCGUGUAACUUAUUAGCCUAUUUAUUAUCGGAUCUGCAUCAUUUUUACACCAUUGGAUUCGCUAUAUUUUUUACAUAUAGCGUAUGUUUUAACAUUAAUUGACCAAAAAUUGGAGCUGUACCCAUCUUACAGCAAGGUCCUCAAUUAUUCUUAAUUUUAACACCCUGUAUCUUUGUUACUAAACAUUUCUGAGAAAAAUUUUGUGAUGAAAGUCUAUUUCUUUUUAAAUUCUCAUUCACGUAUUUAAAUUAAUGACGUUUUAACUGGACCACCCUGUAGAUGAGAACUAAUUGAAAAUCCUAUAGUUCUUAGUGCCCUCCCUCAGGUAUUGGCGGCCAUCUUUGAUUGAAUUGUAGUAGCAGAAACGUCACGUGACGUUUUUUUUUAUACGAGGAAUAUUUAAAAAAUUCUUUAUACAUGUUAGUUUAAUUAAAUCCCAAACUACUACUGCCCGGGAGAAACUAUGUAUAUUUCCAUAUUUGGAUGUUGUGGGAGGAGCCUAUUUUUUUAAGGCAUAAAGGGCGUGGCUCUUGUUUCUUUAUUACCAGGGCCAUUCGAAAUAUUUUUAUUAUUUCCACAUCGGACCAGAAAUGGGUCUGCUUAUACUGACUUAACGUGAUUUUAUCCGCGACUGUAUUACGGUUUCUUAAAUAUCAUUCGUAAUGGUAUUACAUUAUAUCAUAUAUAUUUAUAUAUAUAUAUAUAGUUUUUUUAAAUUGGAUGGAUAGGAUAAAAAAUCAAAAUAACUACUCAUUUUAGGUGACUAUGUUAAUAUUUUUCCUGAUCCAGCAAAUUAUCGAAGUAAUCAAUUUUUUAUUGCUAUUGUGGUAGUACCUGUCUCAUUCUAACCCUCCCGUUUCCUUUCCCUCUCCCUCCACCCUUCUCCAGUAAUGUUAUAGUACAUAUUUAUUUAUCGCAUAAAUUUCAUAAUUUUAUUUAAAACGAUAUUGUCUCAAUUAAUUGUAUAUUAGUCACAUACAUCGAGGUCCACAAGUUAGGUCUACUUUCUGUACAUACUUAAAUUCUUAUGUUUUUUUUUUGUUUUAAUUUAUUAUCGAAAACAAAUGAAUUUAAGUCAUAUUAACAGCAUGAAAACGGUCGGUUACUAAUGUUUAUGUGUGUUUUUUGGGAUACCGGUGACAAUUGUAACAAAAUAACCAUUUGAUUUUUUUGUACGUCAUGUUUGUUCAAGUAAAGUAAUAAUAUUUUAGAAGCAUAUAUAUACUUUGCACUAAAAAAUCAAUAUGAACACACAUGGGUGUUAAAUGUAACAGUUAUUAAAAGUACUAAUUAACACGUUGAAGGACACUAACACAUUUUAGAAGUUGUCAAUUUUAGCAAUUAGUUUAAAUUUUGACGCUGAUUGACGUUCUGUCACAAUAUUAAGAAUUUACCAGAGGCGAUAAUGACACAACGCUGAUCAGCGUUGUGUCACAUCAUAAUUCCACAUAAUAAUGUGACUGUGUCACAACGCUGAUCAGCGUUAUUUGUUUUUCUUUUUAAAUGAAAGUCAACACUUAAGAGAAAUUUCUUUAUUUGAAAAGAUACAUGGGUAUGGCUUAAGAAAGACUAAUUUAUACUAAUUAGCAUUUUUUUUUUCAUGCCACUCCUCGAAACAGUCUGGACAUAAUGGUGGCUUGUCUCCUUACGUAUUUUCUUGCGUGUGCAUAACCUGCAUUUCAAAAAAACAGAUUUUUUGUUUGAUUUUGCGGUAGGCUCACCGGGAUUUUUUUCUGGCCAGUGGCCAUUUGAACUUAGUCCAGGCUGUUGUGCAUAGAAAAAACUUCAGAGAAAUUUUUCUCUGAGCGUCGAUUGUCAUGUUUUUGACUACGUAUUAAAUCUUUUGCUUCAAUAUCCCUAGGCAAUUGAAUUAAACAUUUUAUUAAUUUAUCUCUAUAUUGAAGAUAUCGGAAUGUUCUGGAGUUGCCUUUGCAGAAUUUACGAGUAAGAUAAUGCGCAUUCCACGCCGUUACAUCAAUUAAAUGAAAAAGAGCCUUUUUGUACCAUCGCAUGGUUUUUCUGGGGGUGGAGUAGGUCGAUGUCAUUUGAUCGCAGCGGUCAAUGCCGGACAUAUGAUCAUUGUACGUGGCUAUUUCUUUAGGUUUCAUUUGCUCUUUUCCAUAUCGAUUUUCUACGCAGACCAUCUGAGGAUGGUUUCGGGUAGUAAUCACCAACAUGUCACGCUUAUCCCGCCAUUUAGACACAGAAACUUGUUUCCUCCUAACCCAAAAAUGUUGGCCCUUUUUUAGUUUUCUUUUAAUUAAAGUUUUUGGGUUACUUUUCCUGUUUGAACGUAAAGUGCCAUUGGUGUGCGUCUUGAAACUUAGCAAUUUUUCGGACAACGCUAUUGUAAUAGUUAUCCAUAAACAGCUCAUGACCUUUCAUUAAAUAAGGUUUCAUAAGUCUUAGCACUAGAGCUUCAGUCUUAGUGUUGUCUGACUCGUCAUCUUCGUUUACUGGACCACUGUAUAAUUCCAUAUUUAGGAGGUAGCCGUCCUAGAUGUAGAUGUUGUUAGUUCAAAAAAUUUAGGGGAAACUGGCCUAAAAUGACAUACCCUAAACAAAAGCUUCCACAAAACUUAGGAAUAUUUAUUGAUGACCAUUCAUUUCAAGUUCAGUGAGUUCGUUAGUUUAUGCCAGUUCCCAUGGAAGACAACAAAGCUUUAAUUUUUUUCACUUUAAAAUAUUGAUGCCAAAUUUUAAAAAAAAUGUGCAGUAUGUCAUUUUAGGCUUAUACUUGGGCAAAAUGACAUACACCUUUUUAUAGAUAAUGUUGCAAAUAAAAAAGGUAGAAAUAACGAAAAAACAAAUGUCUAUUCAGUUACAAAGUUCGCAAGUAAAAAACUUAGUGCGACGGAAGACCCCUGCGCAUUCUGCGUGACGCCACUUUUUACAUUUUUGACACCGCAGCCAAAGCUCGCCUGAUUUGGACUGGGAAUAAAGGCUGUUGCAAUAGAUACACGCAGCAUCUUCAUCAUCGUCUUCGACCUCAGCAAAUGGAUCUUGAUUUUUUUCUUCAUCAUCGGUCCACAAUUUGACUUUAACCUGGUUACGUUUUGCACGUCGCUCCAAGACUAAACGUUUCUCUUCUUCUUUCGCCUUGAGUUCUUCCAUGUUAGGUGUAGAUGUUAGCACAACCGUUCCCUGUCUUUUCCGAUUUGUUCGUUUAAAAGAUGCUGAUACCUUGGGUAUUGGAAUGAUGCUUUCCACGGAAACCCGGCUACUGUCUAAUAUAUUAUCUUCUUCUUCAUUUGGAGUUAUAUGGGAUGGUCCAGGUCUGCCUGUCGGCUUGUGAUGGUGGAGGGGAUGUGUUUGGAUGAGGUCCUUGGUGGUCUCGUGUUUGUAAUUCCGGAUCAUUUUGUUCAGGGAUGGCGGUUGUUAAUGAUGCAGCGAACAUCCAGUCGGGAAAAACAUUGGCGUUAAACGGAUGGAUUCCGGUUUUUUUAAACCCACUAACGGCAUUUUCCAUAGUUGCACUGCGUUCAUAGGCUUCAGAAAAUAGCUUUCCUACUUGAAAAGGAGAUACAGUGCGACCUGGAUUAUUCUUGAGCCACUUUGUAAUCGCUUGGUUAUAAUAAGCAGAUAGAGGACCAAAAAAUGACACAUCCAGGGGUUGUAAUCGGUGUGUGCAAUGCGGAGGAAAGCAAAUCAUUAGGACACCAUUUUCUUUAGCCAACGUAAUAACUUCCAAUUGUUUGUGGCUAAUGUGACCAUCAAGCAGUAAAAGGGUUUUCUUAUUUUGAGAUGAAUGUGUAAACUUUAUAAAAUGUUUCAGCCGCUUACAAAACAGGUCACCUGUCAUCCAGCCCGAUUCUUGAAACAAGCCCAAUGUCCCAGCUGGUGCGUCAUCAAUUAACUCUGGCUUCCAUUUUUUUCGAGAAAAAACCAGAGCCGGUGGCACAAAAUUACAUAUUGGAUUCAUAGCACAAACUACAGAAGUGUGUGCCCCCCGCUCUGUACUUGUAAUGGCACCAACCUGCUUUCUUCCCUUUGUGGCCAUAAUUUUUUGCGGACGUUGAACCGUAGAAAGCGCAGACUCGUCAACAUUGUAGAUACGGUCAAAGGUUAUGUUAUGUUCCGCUACUGUAUGUUCCAAUAAAUUGAAAAAAAUUUCAACUUGCGGCUUAUUGAAACCCUGCGCACGAGCCGCUGAAGUGGCUUCCGGUGUUCUGAGUGAAAUGUUAGGAUUGCGCCCCCUAAAGCCCACAAGCCAAUCCCAGGCAGCGUUUUUCUUAAUCCUGUUAAAUCUGUGGGGUAACUUCUUCCUUUCAGCUAAUUCAAAUGCCAAUUGCCUGACCUCUGUUGUGUUCAGGCCAAACAUGCAUGUUUCCAAUUUCUUAAUAUGUUGCACUAUCUCGCGUUCAAGUUCUGCAGAAAAUGUAGGUCCAUAACGACCCAAACCUUUUUGAGAACCUUUUAUUCUUUUAUUUUUAUCCUGUGCCCUUCGUCUAAGGGUUGCUUGCGGUACACCAUAUCUUUUAGACGCCGCCAACCAGCCUAGAUCACCGUUUUGGACUGCUUUAAUAGCUUCGCUCAUGCUUGCCUCACCCCAAUUUUGACGCGUCGAUUUACGCGUAUACUUUCCAACCGUAUUAUGUGAAAUCAUAAAGACAUAGGUAUAGGUUUCAGCCUAAUGCCUAUGUCGUUUUACACCAACACUGUGUAUGUCAUUUUACCCAAAGAAUAAGUGUGUUAGAAAUGACCCAAAUACUUAUUAAAAACACAAAAAAAACGGGGUUAAAUCACAUCAAAAUAAAGAAAAAAGUCUAUUUUUUACCUGGACUAACCGUACUUAGGCUUAUUGUACCUAUGCAUUUAUACCUAUGCUUUUUGCAAGUGAUAUCGAGAAAUUAGGAAACCACAGAACAAUGUUUUCAGGUUCGGAAAAAGUUUUUUUCGGUAUUUCUUAAAAACACGUGUAUUCUGCUCCGCAGAGUAGACUCGACUGAGGUCACAGCUGCAAACCAAUUACAUUUUGUCAUUUACGACAGCGUUGCCACUUCUCAAAUUAGAGAAGUGGCCGAUAUGCCAUUUUACCCUAGUAUGUCAUUUUAGGCCAGUUUCCCCUAAGUCCAUAUCGAGACUUCUUAUUCUUUAUUCAAACUCUGAAUUUUAAUCUUCCACGAAAACUCAAUUACGAUUCAUCAAUUGAAAGUUCCUUGGAAGGGCUAUAAACACUCUGAAAUUGCUGAAUUAGCAUGUCUAUUAGGGGCUGGAUUUUAUCCUUGCCUUUAGAAUUCACUCGAGAACAACAUAAAACCCUUAAGAUUAGCUCAAACCUUCUGGAUGACAUUAUAUAUGAAAAUAUGGGAUGAAAAUACAAUGUAUCCGAAUAAGAAAAAUAGCGUCGCAUGUUCUUGGUAGAAACUUGUCCUUGUAAUAGGCAUAGACCCAAAAACAUCUUUAUUUCUUGGUUGCUUACCGGGCGAAAACUUGCAUGUCUGCUAUAGCGUGUUUUAGGUCUAUUAGUAUUUGUUAAUGAUAUACCGUAGUUGUUUGUACAGUCAACAAGGUAGUUUAAUAUACUUGAAGUAAACAGUCAUUCAAACACUUCCAUAACUGUUGAGUGUGGUCCAAUAUUUAUUUUUAAAACGUUGCUGCCCUCAUCAAAGUUAAAAUCAGAAAUUGGAGCGAUCAUAGGUUCCCAGGGAUCUAUAUCCGAGACUAAUGGUGAAGAAGGUCUUGGCGUGUGUGAUGGAGAAUCCUCUGAUGAAACAACUUCGUCAUCUAAUACAGGUACUGUGUUUUUUUGCUUGUACGUGACUGUCUUUCUAUAUUUGGAGCACUCGAAGACAGUUCAUCACUUUCAUCAGAUUCGGAAGAUGGUUCAUAAUUUUUGUCAGUGGAUACAACGUUUUUUAAGUUUUAUUCAUUUUCAGACAUUGCUUUUAAUUUAAGUGAAGCAAUUUCAAAAAUAGCUUUAACGGGUGCACAGUUACACUGAAAGAUGUGUAAGCUGUUGUAAAACUGUAAUGUUUUCCCAAAAAGUUCAAAUUGGCUGAUUUUCAAAAAUGCUUGUAGUUUCAAAAGUUUUUGAGGUAAAAAAGCGGUUAAUACCUUAAAAGGUGCACCGUGGAACGUUUUACCUUUGAGUGAAAUUCUUAUGACAUAACCUCAAAUAUUUUCCAAGAUAUCUUAAAAAAUGUAAAAUUGGACAAAAAAAAAUGAUGAUUACGAAAAUCACCUUAGCAAAACGAAGUUUUCAGUUACAAAGAUAACAACGUUUUGUAAGUUUCAUUCACCUUCAGACAUUGCUUUUAAUUUAAGUGAAGGAAUUUCAAAAAUGGCUUUAACGGGUUCACAGUUACACUGAAAGAUGUGUAAGUUGUUAUAAAAUUUUAAUGUUUUCUCAAAAAGUACAAAUUGGGUAAUUUUCUAAAAUGCUUGUAAUUUCAAAAGUUUUUAAGGUACACAGACCGUUUAUAUCUCAAAAUGUACAUCGGAGAACGUUUUUCCUUUGAGUGAAAUCUUAUGCAAUAACCUCAAAUAUUUUCCAUCUUAAAAAAUGUAAAAUUUGACAAAAAACAUUGGUGAUUACGAAAAUCACUUUAGCAAAGCGAAUUUUUCAGUUACAAAAUCACCCUAGAUCACAACGUUUUGUAAGUUUCAUUCAUCCUCAGGCAUUGCUUUUGACUUAAAUGAAAGAAUUUGAAGAAUAUCUUUAACGGGAGCAGAGAUACACUGAAAAAUGUGUAACCAAUUGUCAAAUUUUACUGUUUUCUCAAAAAGUUCAAAUUGCCUGAUUUUCAAAAAUGCUUGUAAUUUUAAAAGUUUUUGAGGUACAAAAGCGGUCAAUACCUUAAAGUGUGCAUCGUGGAACGUUUUACCUUUGAGUGAAAUCCUUAUGACAUAACCUCAAAUAUUUUCCAAAAUAUCUUAAAAAAUUUAAAAUUGGACAAAAAAUGGUGGUUACGAAUAUAACCGAAGCCGAGCAAUUUUUCAGUUAUAAAAUUACGCCGUAUGACAAUGUUUGUUUUUUCACUGUUUUCUCAAAAAAUUCAAAUUGGCUGAUUUUUAAAAAUGCUUGUACAUAUACAACGUUUUGUAUGUUUGUUUCAUCUUCAGACAUUGCUUUUAAUUUAAGUUAAGGAAUUUCAAAAAUAGCUUUAACGGGUGUACAGUUACACUGAAAGAUGUGUAAGUUGUUGUAAAAUUUUAAUGUUUUCUCAAAAAGUUCAAAUUGGCUGAUUUUCAAAAAUGCUUGUAGUUUCCAAAGUUUUUGAGGUAGAAAAGCGGUUAAUACCUUAAAAUGUGAACCGUAAAACGUUUUACCUUUAAGUGAAAUCUUAUUCAAUAACCUCAAGUAUUUUCGAAGAUAUCUUAAAAAAUGGAAAAUUGGACAAAAAAAAUUGAUGAUUACGAAAAUCACCUUAGCAAAAAGAAUUUUUCAGUUACAAAAUCACCCUAGAUAACAACGUUUUGUAAGUUUCAUUCAUCUUCAGACAUUGCUUUUAAUUUAAGUGAAGGAAUUUCAAAAAUAGCUUUAACGGGUGCACAGUUACACUGAAAAAUGUGUAAGCAAUUGUAAAAUUUGACUGUUUUCUCAAAAAGUUCAAAUUAGCUAAUUUUCUAAAAUGCCUGUAGUUUCAAAAGUUUUUGAGAUACAAAAGCGGUUAAUAUCUCAAAAUGUGCAUCCUGGAACGUUUUACCUGUGAGUGAAUUCUUAUAACCUCAAAUAUUUUUGAAGAUAAUCUAAUAAAUGUAAAAUUUUACAAAAAAAAUUGAUGGGUGCGAAAGUCACUUUAGCAAAGCGAAUUAACAUCUUAAACACUAUGCAUGUACGUGUAUCCUUUAUUGGAUCCUUAAUCUCUUUUUUUUGUUUAAAAAACCGCUACUUAGAGCAUAUUGACAUAUAUUCAUUGAUAACCCUGUUAGCUGUUUCCUCGUAAACCGAUUAUGGCAGUAUGCUCUACAUUUGUUUUUCUCGGUCUAGAUUUCAUUUUGCCAAACCAAAUUAGGAAUAUUUAAUAAAAUUUGUAUAAACUGAACAGUUCAUCUAGGCUCGCCUUAUGUUACAAUUGACGUGGGUCUCUCUCUACAAUAGAAAAUGGAAAUCGAGCAGUUUAUGUUUGACUUGUGGGCCGCCCUGUACGAUCCCUUCGUUCCAAAUUUAUCUCGCUAAUUGUUAAGUUAUACCCUUUUUAUUUUUAAAUAGUUAUAUUUUUGUUAUUGCAUUUUUUUUUGUUGUAUAUUUGAAUUGUCACGGUCAUUUUCCGGGUUAUUAUAGAAAUUUUUCAUUUUUUCUUGAUGUAGGUAUGUUGUGUUUCUUUUUUUUUUUUGUUAAUUUUCCCGCAAUGAUUAUUUUAUUCGAGAAAAUUAAAGAAAAAAAGAAGAAAAAAGGUAUUUUCAAUUAUUAAAUUAGUACCACAUAUUGUGGUAACCAUUUGUACGCUGUUUGUAAUGAAAAGCGUAAAAAUAGUGAAAUUUUUGUGCAACAGCUUAAUUAGCUGCCAAAAAUCGGUGUUUUUUGAGUUGAAUUGUUGCUUGCAUUAAGUUAUAUCAAGAAUGUUUUUCUCGAAUCACCCCCAUAGGUAAGCUUCUUGGGGGUGUUACUUUUCCCUGUUAUGAAUACCAAAGAGAAACUAUUUCAUUAAGAAUUUGCACAAACAAUUGAAUUUAAAUUAGUACUGCCUAUUAGUUGGUACGUGGCUGAUUAUAAGAAAACUUGGCAACAAGGCACGAUAAAAACUGAACGUAACGUUGCCAACAGUUUAUUUAUUUAUUAUUCAUCUAACGCUAAUGCAACCGACAAUUCAAUAAAAAGAAAAAAAUUUAAUGCGAAAUUAUUUAAAUCGAUAUGCGCUCGCGCAAAAUCCAUCGUUGCGCCCGCGCGUUCACGUGAAAGGUGCCUUAGUUAUACGGGGUGAUUUCCAAAAGUUAUAAUCAGCGCAAUAAAAUCCGUAUAUGAGCACCCCGUAUACCUUAUGAUAAUUAUGUAACUGAUUAUUAUUGUUAAAUAUUGUCUUUUUUUUGUGUUUUUUCAAAUUGUUGUUCUGGCACCAGUAAAUUGUUAAAAAAAAAAUGUUUAUUCAAAUUUUGUAAUUUUUGAGUUUGAAGAGUAAAAAAAGAGAAUCAUUGGUUUUUUUUUGUUACAAAUAAAGUGGUCAUUGAUAUUUUAUUUGUA